UUCUCUUUUUCUAGCUCAGCUACUACAGCAAAGAUACACAAUCUAGCGAAGCAUCUAAAACCUUCAAAAUACGCAAAACCCACGUCCCGAGUUCAGACUAAGAAGAUGGAAAGCAACGCGGAUACAGACAAUCUCAACAAUAUGAACACGAACAGUAAUAGCAGUAACAACAGCAAUAUCAACAUCAACGCGCGCUUGCCCUUAUCGGAGGUUGUAUCGGAUUGCGUAAAGAGAUGGUUUAAAGACACCCUCAAAGAUGCUAAGUCUGGAGAUAUUAAUAUGCAGGUCUUGGUCAGUCAAAUGUAUUAUAGUGGAUAUGGAGUGCCUAGAGAUGCCCAAAAGGGAAGGAUUUGGAUGACAAGAGCAUCAAGGACUAGGUCUUCAGUUUGGAAAGUCAGCGAUAAGCAUCCAGGUUAUAAUGCCAGUGAUUCAGACUCUGACGAAUUGAAGGGUGAUUCUUAAUAAGAGCUGCCGGAAUUUUAUGCCGAAACAAUCAAUGGAUGAUGCCGUUUCUGCUCUGCCUCAGGUUUUAUGUGCUUGUAACAAUCUUUAUUCUUUUUCCUCGUCUUGUUAAUUUUUCUCCUCUUCUGGUUUAGUUUCGUUGGGGUGUAUUUUUCUGUUGAGACUGUUCAGUAAUCAUAAAAUGACUUGUUAAUUGCACUUUUAAGACGAGAAUAUUAUUGGCUUAAACAUUGGCCGUUUAUUUUUUAUUUUUUUCUUUUAAUCCUGGUAAA